AGCCAUUCAGUUUACGUGCUAUCCGUCUGCUUUGAAACAGUAGAAAAGGUCGUACACGCGGUAUCUUAUAGAUGCAUUUCUGUGUGUGCUUGGGCGAACCUGUACAGUGCUUGAACGACUUGUGCAAUCUGUGGGGAAAGUUGCAUAAUCGCUGCUUUCUAUUGCUGAUAGUUGAAUCUGCUUCUUUCCUUUUUUUCCUCUACAGUACUUUCUGUCUUUUGAUGAGAAGGUAUUCGCAACUUGGCCCCCAUAGCAAUUAUUCUCCUCCAGCCUUUUCCGGUUCGUGUUACUGUGUUUUCAUUAGAACUACAUUACAUUUUAUUUAUUUAUUUGUAGUUGUCUAUGUGAGUAUUGCAUCCACGUAGUCGGUUCCUAUUCCUGUGCCGUCUUGUCGCCCAACAACGGAAGAAAAGUGCGAAAAGUAGCCGCCGAAGAGAGAGAGGACUGGGGGCUGCACACGUGAGAGGAGGCAACCUCGUCUGCUCAAAUGGAGGAGCGAAACCAAUUCAUUGAUCUCUCCGGCAUCCGCGAGGCGUCUUCCUCACCGGACUACGCCUCCUCCAGAGAAGAUGCGCCACGCACCAGCGCGGAUGGCGCACGCUCGGUCACGCAGCAGCCACCGCCGCGCAGCAGCACGACCAGCAGCCCGCGCCCCAGUGCUGGCCGCAACGGUGGUAACAGGCGCGACGGCGAGAACAGCGUGAGUGCGCCGUUUGCCAAGGUGCGGGGCCCCCGUGUGGGCAGUCCGGAUGUGGUCGAGGCUCCGUCAGGCGUGGCGCCACUGCGCCGCCGCGACUCGAUCAAACACCCGUACUCCCUUUCUCCUGGCCGCCCGGCAGACGAGAAGCUCGAUGGAUCCAGGGCGGAGUCCGCCGACCCUAACGCGGAAACUGAUCCUCCUCAUCGUCGUCAUCGUCAGCAUCCACAUGACGACAGACAAGACCACCUUUACCGCGCCUCCGCACAUGGCCGCCGGCACUCGGCGACGGUGGCGGUGUUAAACCGCGAUGCAUCGAACCCAUCCGGGCCGGUGAACACAACCGUCUCGGCAUCUCCCGACCGACCCGACACAGCCGCCGCCCCAGUGGCCACCACGCAGGAAGACGUGAAGCGCUACGUGUACACCGUAAUGGCAGACCACGCCGCGACUCUCACCACGUGGGAGCAGCGCGUGACGGUGGCGGAGAUCUACCGCGACAAGCCCCUCCGCACCGGUGGCCGCCCCGCCCCCCUUCGCGCGCAGGAUCACGGUUUCCUGGAGCGUGCCGCUGGCAGCCUCAAGACCCACCUGCAAAAGCUGGCCGAUGCGCGCUCGCUGCUGCUGCAGACGCGGAAGGAGGUGCCGCCCACCAAGACCGGCGGCCGUGGCGACCUCGACGCGUGGAAUGAGUACUGCGGCUGCUAUGAGCAGACCUUAACGGACCUGACGACCGAAGCGAAGCAGCUGCGGAAGCGCGUGGACCGGCUGCUGAAGGGGGAACAGCCGGAGGGCAUGCGCACCUAUCGCACCCGCGCCGGCUCAACGCCACAGACGGACAGUGCCAAGGCCAGCCGUGCGCGUAGCCAAGGCAGCAUCGCGUCUCGCCGCGGCUCUCCGCCGGCUACCCCACGCGGGCAGCGAUCUGCAUCCGCGAGGGGGCACGGCGCGCCGGCGUCCCCCAAUCAACCUCCGCAGUCCGCUGAUGCAUCACCGAGCAGCAAUCACAAAAACAACAGUGAUAGCGCUGCUGCUGCUGCUACUGCCAAUGACCGCAGCCCGUACGUGCCGCUUAUCGGCGGUGGCGCGGUGCAACGCGGCAGUCCGGCGAUCCGUCCGGGCCACGACAGCGAGAGCGCCAUGCGGGCAUCGCCAGCGCCGGAGAGUCAACGCAGCUGGACGCGCGCGAGCAGCACGCUGAAUCCUCUGCGCGGCUCCGUCGGCAGUGCGCCGUCGCUUACGUCGUCGCGCAAUCAGCAGCAGGCGCGCGCCCUUCACCCCGACACGGUUGUGCGGCAGUCCGUGCCAACGGGCAGCCUGAAUGACCUGCAGUCGCCGUACGCCCGUCUCUUGUCGCCGAAGCGGACGUCGUCGCCGCUGCGGGACCCAACGCACACCGUUCUCGUCGUCCCCGCCCUCUCCGGGGUGGCGGAGGAGAUGCACGAGGAGGCCGACACCCCGGUCACCCCCCGCUCCUCGCGUGCCUCGCGUGCCCCUCACGGGUCUCGCACUCCGCGUGCAGGGCCAUCGGUGAACUCGGUGAGUGAGGUGCCGCCGCAGCUGCGCACGUACUCGUCGCCGCGCGGCUCGGCGAAGGCGGCCACGCCGACCUCCAACACCUCCCCCCUCCACCCGGCGCGUCGCCGUCAGCUGCUGGAGAUGAUUGAGCAGCAUGAGAAGAAUCCGGCCGCGCUGCAGCGAAGUGACUUGCACCGUGUGCGGGAGUGCUUUUACGAGCUGUACGGUGAGCAGGAAGGGCUGCAUCGGUAUUGCUUGUGGAUCGAUGAUAUCGCCCUCUCGGCUCUCCGCGUACCGCACGCGUCCGCGUAA